UUUUUGAGCCAUUUAUGCUGCCGUCGACCAACUUACACACAAACCAAACUCUACUACCAACUACCGCAUUUCCCCAAAGCUCCAAGCUUCACCACAGAGCCAGCUUCAAUUCAAUUUUUGAUAGCCAGUCGGCGCGAGCGGAUCGGUUGUGCGGAUCGGUGUAGUGGUGGUGUCCAUGCCCCUGUCCAAUGUCCAGUUCCUGAAAGCGAAGCAAACAUGUUGCGGAUAAUUAUUAUGUCGGUGGUGGUGGGGCUCCAUUACCAGGCCAAUGUGGUGGCAAAUGUCACGGUGAUUGAAGACAUUAGGCUGGCCUUCCGCGGCGUCACCAAUGACACGGAGCUGGUGAACCACAUAAUACCGGAAAUGUAUGCGGCGAGCAUGCGUCUUAAGAAUCCAUCCUUUGUCUUUAAAAUGCCCACCGCCGGCGGUGGUACCCACAACUACGAGCUGCUAACAAUGCAGCGAUCCGAUUUCGCGGAACCGAUCUUUCCCAAUAUCACCUCCGCGUCUAUUGAUUCGCCAUCGAUUCCGGUUCCCCUUCCCAUUCCGCCAGAAACGAGCGUGAAGACCAGUCUGGCGACCUCACCGCCGGCGGAUUGGCAACAAAUGGGACUGGACGGCUGGGUGGGUGAGCUGCAGCCACCUGUGCCCUGGCUGGAGCAGAGCCACAAGGACACUCACCCGUCGAUCAGCUGGCAGAACUCCUAUCCCCGCGACGAGAUACUCCUGGAUAUCAAGAACCAUCACUUCGAUGGACGAGUGACGGACAUAAGGGUCAUAACACCCACCACCACAGGCAGGCCGGCGGAUGUGGAGGACCUGGUCAAUGCCCAGAAUGUGUACAUAGCUCGAGUGAAUGAUCCCUUCGGUUACUCCAUGAAGUGGAGCUUCAACAAUGUCAGCUCGAGUAAAAAAGACACGGAGGAUCUCCAGGAUCGUGGGAAGAGGGACGUGACCCGCCUGUACUCCAUGAUCAAGUGCUCCACGGGCUGUGAUCCGUUGAUCUACAAGGGCUAUGGCUGCUACUGUGGAUUCGGGGGACAUGGCGUCCCAGCCGAUGGCAUCGAUAGGUGUUGUCGCCUCCACGACAAGUGCUAUGGCCAGAGCAACUGCAUCUCCUAUCUGGAAUACUUUGUGCCCUACGUGUGGAAGUGCUAUCGGGGCAAGCCACUGUGCGCGGUGGAUCAUGGAGAGUUCGGUGGCCCUGACUCCUGUGCGGCGCGUCUCUGCCAAUGCGAUUUGAGGUUGUCGAGGUGCCUGAAGAAGUUCUACUGCCCCCAGCGACGCUCCAUCUGUCACUCAUCCCGAUCUCGACGAUUACAGAAUCUCAUAUUCUUCGAUUGAUUUGUUUAUUGU